UGUCACUCUCUUUAGUGGAUGACAAGAACGCGGUGGUGGACAGAGCAGCAAACACAUUGUAUUUGAGGAUGAAGCACACACAGUUUGCAGUAGCUACAAUAAUAUCCUUAUUUAUUGCAUGUGUUGCGGCUCAGUCUUCAAGGGAAGCAGAAUGGAAAUCCUUGGGGAACCCCUACAACAGAGAUCUGUUUUUCAAAUUCUUGAAAUCUUAUAUCACUGGAAGAGGGGGAAGUCACAUGGUGAGCCCCGGAACAAAGGACAAGCUUGUGAAUGAUCUGAGAACAAACAUGGACUCAAAGUAUAGCAACCUUGAGGAAAUUAUGGACAACAAUGAGAUAGAAGAUAUAUAAUCACCGACGUUACGUUUUAACAACUGUAAUGUAAGGAAGUGGUGUUCAACAUGCCAUAACAAAAACACUCAUAACAAUCCAAACAAUUUAUGCUAACAUGUUUAUUUGAUUUCUAGCCUCUAGCUAUUGCAUUCC